UGUCAUGCACCAAUGAUAGUUGUAAGCUGUACACCUUUACAUCUUCAACUUCAUGACGAUGCGGAUUGAUUGCGUACUUAUCUGACAAUUGAUGACGGGGUACGUUCGUCUCAAGUACGAUGGCUCUUUUGCUAUAAAAACCUGUUGUUUUCGUUUUCCGUAAACGAGAAAAGCCCGAAACCAGUUCUCGGACACGUUUUUCGUCUUGUUAACUGUUAUCAAAUUUGUCUUUCAUCCACAAUAUCUCAUAAGCUGUACGUGCAUCUUUGCGAUGAAUACCCAGCUCUUACUGGCAUUUGCAGGCCUUGCCUUGCUAGCACAGAUUCUGUUCUCCUUUGUUCAAUGGCUUCGCUCCCCCCUACGAUCAGUACCCGGACCAUUUCUAGCUCGCUAUUCAGACUUUUGGUAUUUUCACCGGCUUAAACAAGGGAAAUUUGAGAAGGUCAACCAAGAACUACACGAACAAUACGGGCCGAUUGUGCGAUAUGGACCGAACCGAUACAGCAUCAACGACGCGGAAGCCCUCAAGACUGUCUACGGCCACGGCACGCAAUUCCAGAAGUCGGAGUGGUACAUCCCGUUCCAGCCCAACGAGGAUCUAUGGAACCUUUUCUCGGACCGCUCAGUGAAGCGUCAUGCUCACAGCAGACGGUUCUACACCAACGCAUACUCCAUGACAUCCCUCGUCAACUACGAGCCAUACGUGGACGAGUGCGGUGCUCUCUUCGCUCAACGUCUUUCGGAGUUUGCAAAGACAGGCUCCACGAUAGACAUCGCGCACUGGUUCCAGUGCUUCGCCUUCGAUGCGGUUGCGAUGAUGACCUACGGAAAGCGACUCGGGUUCCUGGAUCGUGGCGAAGACAUUGCCCAAGUCAUCGACAACAUCAACAAAAACAUGCUAUACUCAAGCUUGACCGGCAUCUUUCCUUCCGUGCAUGUAUACAUUGCACCACUGGUGUUCAACAUCACCAAGCGUCUUGGUAUGGGAGCAGGGAUGACGUACGUGAUCGACUUCAUAGCGCAGACCAUUGAGGAGGAGCGAGCUUCACCGAAGACAGUGAUCGAGGUCAAGGGUGCCGAAGACGGCACUGCUAUUGGGGAGACAUUUCUCACCAAGUAUUUGGCCAAGCACUCUAGCAACCCUACUGAGUUCACCAACUGGCAUAUUUUCAUCGGCUGCGCCAGCAACGUUUUUGCCGGAUCCGAUACAACCGGUAUCAGCAUCUCCGCCAUUGUUUACAACUUACUCAAGAACCCCGAUUCCUUGGCGAAGCUUCGCGAGGAGAUUGCACACUUCACCAGCCGAGGCGAACUUUCUCAGGCGCCGACCUUCAAAGAGAGUCAGAAGAUGCCAUACCUUCAAGCAGUGAUCAAGGAGGCUUUGCGAGUCCAUCCAGCUGUGGGCCUGCCACUUGAACGCAUCGUUCCCGAGGGCGGCGCUACCAUUGGUGGUCGUUUCUUUCCUGAGGGAUCCGUCGUUGGAAUCAACAGUUGGGUCCACCACCGAAAUACAGCCAUUUUCGGGGACGAUGCCGAAAAGUUCAACCCCGAUCGUUGGCUGAUUGAGGACGACGAGAAGAUUUCCGUGAUGAACAGAAACUGGAUGCCUUUUGGGUUGGGAUCCCGCACAUGCCUGGGCAAGAAUGUGUCUAUCCUGGAAAUGGCAAAGCUCAUUCCUAGGCUCAUCCGGGACUUUGACUUCAAGCUUGAAGGUGCGGCCGCUGCGCCAGGAGGGGCGUGGAAAACUAACAACGCAUGGUUCGUCAAGCCUCAGAACUUUCACGUCGAGGUGAAGUCGAGGGUGGCAGGCUACUGAAGUCACCACAUAUGGCAUUGCUGAUUUACCAAAAGCAUUUUAUGCAUUUGGUCCCGUCGACUCAGUCAGCAUCGAGCGUGUGGACGCAAAUCACACUGUCGCCAAGUUUAGUACAUGUAUAUUUUGUUAGUCAAGAGGUUUUGUCGUCACGACAUUGUGCUCGAGCGAGUGGUUGGAAUUGGGAAGCUAUGGUGCCAUUUGCAGAAGCGGCCGGCUUCGGGAUACAAGAUGCAAAUUGCUACCGCUCGUUGAACUGUGUUGGAAUGUACAGAGAAAUGUUAUACGAGGUAAUAUCAGACUACAUGUACGUGCGCCAACUUGGCUUGCUGUCUCCCCAAUUCUUGGACCUCCCGUACGUAGCCUUAUGCCAAAUCCGGUCUCUCUGA